AUGGACAAGGCAAAUAGUUCUCCUACACCUAUGGUCUCCACCUGCCACCUCUCUAGUCAUGAGGGUAAUCCCAUUAAAGAUGAGCAUCUGUUCAGAAGCAUUGUAGGUGCUCUCCAAUACGUUGUCAUUACUAGGCCGGACAUUGCAUUUGCUGUUAAUAAGGUUUGUCAGUUCAUACACAAGCCUUUGGAUUCUCAUUUUAAGGCUGUCAAAAGGAUCCUACGUUACUUACAAGGGACCCUGAGUCAUGGGUCGCAAUUUACUAGAUCUUCAAAGUUUUUACUUGAAGGAUACUCCGAUGCCAGUUGGGGGUCUAACUCGGAUGAUCGACGGUUCACUUCGGGGUUCUGUGUUUUCUUUGGUGGUAAUCUCGUUUCCUGGAGUUCUCGCAAACAGCAGGUAGUUUCUAGAUCAACUGCAGAGGCAGAAUACAGGAGCCUUGCGCAUGUUACCGCUGAAAUGAUCUGGAUUCAGUCCUUACUAUCUGAGCUUUCUGCUCCAAUCAAGGUCAAGGCUUUAGUUUGGUGCGAUAGUUCGGCUGCUGUUGCUGUUGCCAGUAAUCCUAUCAUGCACUUAAAAUUUAAGCAUGUCAAGUUGGAUCUUUUCUUUGUGCGAGAGAAGGUUGCUGAGGGAUCUUUGCAAGUGGGGCAUGUAUCCAGCUAA